AUGUAUAAGGGUUUGCGCUUCGACCCCUCUAGGGAUAAUCUGUUAUCGCAACAAGACGAUAAGCUUCACUCUGAGCUACGCUCUAAGCUGUCAGCAGGUUACUCAGGGAGAGAAGUCGAUGAACUAGAGAGCAAGAUCGAUGAGAACAUUUUGAAAUUUGUGAAUCUCAUCAAAACAUACGCGGAUUCUGAAUUGCCAAUGGAUAUGGGGCGAAAAGUGGCAUUCUUCUCCCUAGAUACCAUAUCACAUCUAGCAUUUGGCGAACCACUCGGAGAUCUAUCCUCAGACUCAGAUGUUUAUGGUUACAUAGACGAGUUGGAAAAGAGUCUACCUUUCAUAAUUCUGACAACAGCUAUACCUUGGAUCAUGACCCUCAUGAAAUUGCCCUUCUUCAGCUCGUUGACACCUAAUGCUAGAGAUACAAAAGGGCUUGGAAAAGCUGUUGGGAUAGCCAAGGAAGUCACAAAAGGACGUUUCAGCGAGGACGGGAUUAUUCGUCGUGACAUGCUUGGAUCCUUUAUCGCACGGGGCUUGACACAGCUAGAAGCAGAGUCUGAGCUAGUCCUACAGCUGAUUGCUGGGUCAGACACAACAGCGACAGCCAUUCGCAUGACACUUUUGCACGUAAUUACUAAUUAUCGAGUUCUGGGUACCUUGUUAGCCGAGAUUGACGCAAAAAAGCCGACUUGGCCGGUCAUCACUGACGAAGAAGCGCGAAAAAUGCCUUAUCUUCAAGCCGUCAUCAAGGAAGGUCUCCGCAUAUGGCCACCUUUGGCAUCUUUGGAAUCCAAGGAAGUGCCGAAGGGUGGUGAUACAUUUGGUGAGCUGUUUCUCCCAGAGGGCACAUGCAUCGGAGUAUGCAUCUGGGGCAUCAUGCGACGCGCAGAUGUGUGGGGCAAAAAUGCAGCUGAGUUUCGACCAGAAAGGUGGUUGAGCUGUGACCCACAACAACUGAAAGUCAUGACCGCCACUUUAAAUCUGGUCUUUCACACUGGAAAAUGGCAAUGCCUUGGUAAGAAUGUGGCUCUUAUGGAACUAAACAAAGUCUUCGUCGAGCUUCUGCGCAGAUUUGAAUUUGUUAUUAUUGAUCCAUCAAAGCCAAUGAAGUCAUCAAACCGUAGCAUCUUCCUUCAAUCGGAAUUCUGGUUGAGGGCGUACUGCAGACCUUCUGCACAAGCCUUGAUAUAGAAGGGGUUGAUGAUGAUAGGAUGCUCACACUCAGAGAGUAAUUACAUAGCUAGAACCUGAUGCUAGCCAGUAUGAUUAUCCCAUCGGAAUUAGUGAAUCAAGCCAUACACUCGUGCACCAUAAACUCUCAUAUGUGGGGUUCCUGCUCCAGGAUUUUCAGGUCAUUCCUCAACAU